AUGACGCCGAACGCAAGUUCGAGCGCUGCCGGCCCGUCGUCGCCGAGGACUGUGCCGGCCAGCGAGGCGAGCCCGACCGGCAGCCCCGCACCGGCGCCGCCCGCACCACGGCCACCAGCUGCGCCGCGGCCAGCCGUGCCGCCACGCAGCGCACAUCCGCUGAUCCUCGGCGCGCGUCCUGUCUCGGCCUACGAGCGUCUGAACCACAUCGACGAGGGCGCCUAUGGCGUCGUGUGGCGCGCACGCGACGUGCGCACCGGCGAGGUUGUGGCGCUCAAAAAGCUCAAGAUGGACAAGGAGAAGAACGGCUUUCCAGUCACGAGCUUGAGAGAGAUCCGCACGGCGCUGGAGGGCAGACAUGAGCACGUGGUGCGCGUGCGUGAGAUUGUCGUCGGCGAGACCCUCAGCCAGAUCUACAUCAGCAUGGACUUCAUCGAGCACGACCUCAAGGCCCUGCUGAACGCGAUGCGUGCGCCCUUUCUUGCGUCCGAGACCAAGACGCUGCUGCAGCAACUGCUGUCUGCCAUUGCGCAUCUGCACGCGCGCUGGAUCAUCCAUCGCGACCUCAAGACGAGCAACCUGCUCAUGAACAACCGCGGCCAGCUCAAGCUGGCGGACUUUGGCCUGGCGCGCAUGUACGGCGAGCCGGCGCGCGAGAUGACGCAGCUAGUCGUGACGCUGUGGUACCGUGCGCCGGAGUUGCUGCUUGGGGCAGAGCGGUAUGACCAGUCGAUCGACAUGUGGUCCGUCGGCUGCAUCUUCGCAGAGCUCAUCACGAAGGAGCCGCUGUUCCCGGGCAAGAACGAGACGGACCAGAUGAUGAAGGUCUUCAAGCUGCUCGGACAGCCGUCAGACGAAGUCUGGCCAGGCUUCUCCAAGCUCCCUGGCGCGAAGAGCAUGUCCAACGUGGCUCAGCCAUUCUCGUCGCUGCGGACGAAGCUGCGCUACAGCACCGAGCAGACGCUGGACCUGCUCUCCAAGCUCCUAACGUACGACCCCAAUCAGCGCAUCUCGGCCGAAGAAGCACUGCGGCACCCGUACUUCGAAGAGAGCCCGCAGCCGGCACACCCAGACACGUUCAGCAGCUUCCCGAGCGUCGCUGCGGGUGAACGGUGCGUCGCGUCUGUGGCGCUUCGUGUGCAUCGUGGCUGA